UUGAUUAACUGCGAAGGAAAUACGACUUUCGCACAAGAUGAGUUUAAAUGUUCAUUACCUGAUGUCACCAGUACAGAUGAUAAUUUGGAUAUCACUCGAUUUAGAUCUGAUUUUUCCAAAAUAUCUGAGGUAAAAUUUCCUGGACUAAUUGGUCCAUUAAAUGAAAGAUUAAUAUGUAAGAUUAAGUGCAUUGAUGGAAAUUGGGUUGGUCCUUUGUGCUCAUCUACACCAGAUGGCAGAUUCCAGCCUAUCCUGCGAGAAUGUUUUUAUCGUAAUGAUUAUCCAUUACUGUCAAUUUCAUUCAAAAACUCUUCCAUAGAUAAAGAGACUUACUUCCCUCAUGGUUCAUUAGUUGUAUCAAAAUGUAAACACUUUGGAUUAUAUAAAUUAAAAGGUGAAAGCCAAGUGAGAUGCGAAAAUGGUGAAUGGAGCCCAAAAUUUCCUGAAUGUGUGCCAACCUCACUUAUUACAAAUUUUACAGGCGAUGCACCACCAUCCAUUCAAUAUGUUGUUGUAAGGGGUUCAGCAGUAGUGGAACCUUCAGGAGAAUUGUUUGUGUAUCCUGAAAGUACACUGUGGCUAGAUUGCAUUGUGCUAUGUGUAUUGGGAGAACCUGAAUGGAGUUGGACGCAAGCUCUAGGGCAGCACAGUGCUGCAUGGGCUAAAAACGAUGGCGAGAAAGAGACACAUUAUCGACUCACCUUAACCAAAAUGUCUGCGCGUCACAGCGACCAAUAUACAUGCACAUCGCCUGGUGGACACACAAACACCAUAACUAUUAAAGUUGUUAGUGUAGUAUGUCCACCCAUAAAUGUGUCGUCGCCGCGAAUCCGAUUGUUCGCACAAGGCUGGAGGCUCGGCCACUCGGUUCACUUCAGUUGUCAGCCUGGCUUUCACCUAAAUGGCUCUGCUGUACUCAACUGCAUGGGAAAUGGCAAAUGGUCUUCAUUGCCUCCAACUUGUGUGGAAACCUUCUGUCCUAUGCUGAGGACCUUAGGAGCCCACUUGAGCUUGGUGGAAUACAAUUCAUCAUAUGGCGGUCGUGCUAUGUUCCAAUGCGCUUGGGGCUAUAGGCUGGUGGGGCCACCAGGGUUGGAGUGUGAACUAGACGGCCGCUGGUCAGGAGAUAUACCACGUUGCAUACCCAUUUAUUGUCCUAAUCCAAUAGUACCAGAAAAUGCCCGACUACUCACACAAGUCUCCGCAAAGAAUGGGAAGUAUGCAGUAGGUGACUUGAUCUUUUAUGGUUGUGACGAUGGAUAUCAAGUUUUAGGUGAAUCUUCGAUUGUGUGCACAGAAAAUGGUUACUGGUCUCAUCCGCCACCAUUUUGUCUUCCUCCUUCAGAAAUAAGGAAAGCAGAUACUAUCUAUAUAGAAAAUACAACAUUCGUUCAUUUUGAAGACUAA